AUGUCCACGUCCUACCCAACUGUUCCUCCUAGACUCGCGAGGACCAAUUCGAAGGAUGGGGGAGAACCGGAUGUCAUUAAUGUUGUAAGCUGGCGAAAUGCUACGAAGCUUGUGGUCUACAUGCCUAUGCCGAAAGGAAGCAUCAGUGUCUUCCAACCCGGAUUCGUACUGGUCGUUAAAAGGGUAUCAGGCGCUCAGCAUUCCUCGCCCAUCUUCUAG